AUGUCUUCCAACAGAGAGCAGGUUUUCCCAACUCGUAUGACGUUGGGACUGAUGAAGUCUAAGCUCAAGGGAGCGAACCAGGGCCAUUCGUUGUUGAAAAGAAAGUCCGAGGCGCUUACAAAGCGGUUCAGAGACAUCACAAAGCGCAUUGACGACGCCAAACAGAAAAUGGGCCGUGUCAUGCAAACUGCAGCUUUUUCGCUAGCUGAAGUUACUUAUGCUACGGGCGAGAACAUCGGAUACCAGGUCCAAGAAAACGUCUCUACGGCAAGAUUCAAGGUGCGGGCUCGUCAAGAGAACGUCAGUGGUGUGUAUUUGCCGCAAUUUGAGAGUUUCAUCGAUCCCGAGAUCAACGAUUUCAAAUUGACGGGUCUGGGCCGUGGUGGACAGCAAGUCCAACGUGCGAAGGAAAUCUAUUCCAGAGCCGUCGAGACUUUGGUAGAGCUUGCAUCAUUGCAAACAGCUUUUGUGAUUUUGGAUGAGGUCAUUAAGGUCACCAACAGAAGAGUCAACGCUAUCGAGCACGUUAUUAUUCCACGGACCGAAAAUACGAUUGCGUACAUCAACAGUGAACUUGACGAAUUAGAUAGAGAAGAGUUCUACAGAUUGAAGAAGGUCCAGGAAAAGAAGCAGCAGCAAACUGCAGAGCUCGACGCUCAAUUAAAACGCAAGAAAGAAGCCGAUUUUGCUGAAAAAUCCGGCAAUGAGGGCCAAGAGUCCAAAACUGAAGAAACCGCGGCAUCAAAGCCCGAACCAUCAAAAGCUCAAAAGGCCGCGAAAACUCAAGAUACUCCAGACGUUCUUGCUGAGCACGAAGACGACGUGAUUUUUUAG